GAGGCGACAGGCGGAAGUGCUGUCACGUUCACCUGUUGUUACUCGUGCGAACAGGAAGAAGAGAAACUCGGUCAGAGUUUUGGUUUCCUUCAGACCGCAUUCAAACUCCAUAUAAAGGGUCAUUUCUCUCUAAAAGUGAUGGAUAAACUGAAGAAAGUUCUGAGCGGUCAGGACGGAAAUGACGACCUCAACGUGCUCCAGUCAGUAGAUGAUGCGACCACUCUGAACUGGGGAACGCGUGUCAAAGCAUUUAUCGGCUGCUUUGUCUUGGGAGUCACCUUUUCAAUCCUGGGAUCGUGUUUGCUCUGGGUCCCGAAAAGAGGACUGAUCUUGUUCGCCGUCUUCUACACCUUCGGUAACGUCGCAUCUCUUCUAAGUACAAUGUUCUUGAUGGGUCCGCUGAAGCAGCUGAAGAGGAUGUGUGACAAAACAAGAGCACUGGCGACGGCCAUCAUGAUCACGUGCCUUGUGCUGACACUCUGCUCUGCCUUUUGGUGGCAUAACAAAGGCCUCGUCGUGCUCUUCUGCAUCCUCCAGUUCCUGGCUUUAACUUGGUACAGUUUGUCAUAUAUUCCAUUCGCAAGGGACGCGCUGAUUAAGAUGUUCUCCAUGUGUUUGAAGUGAUGUGUAGUGGCGUGUGGAGCUCGGACCUCUCUCGCCUCGCCGUUCUCUCUCUCCCCUCUCUUUUCCUCCCUUCUCUCUCUUUCCCUCUCUCUCUCUCAGUGCCCGAUCUCGCUUCAGCUCUGCUGCACCCUGAGCACCCGCUGCUAGUGCCCACUCGAGCGCCCACUCUCCUACCUGGCACACACACACACAUUGCAGGUGUGUGUUUCCUCUCCUGAGGUCUGGGUGCUCUCCAGGAAUGUGUUUGAAUACACAUAUUCUCUUUUACAUGUCAGUGAAGGAAUCAGACGUGAAUAGCGUACGACUCAAUGGUGCAUUAGGAAAAGAUUUAUGAUGAUAAAAGAAUAACUAUUUAAUAGCAUAUUAAUGAGCACUGGUUUGACAUUACAUGAGCUCACUCAGAUAUUCAAGGGCUUGAAAGCUAAAAGUUAUGAAAGUUGACAAGAAGCAAAAAGUCAUUCCAGAUGAUUUAAAAAAAAUAUCCAAUAUUGACUGUUGCACCUUUAAGCAGUGAUGCAUUCAGUCAAAAAUUAUUGCACUUCUGUAGGACAAGAUGCCUUUAGAGUUUUACAUAAAAUAUAAAGAAACGCUUUAAUAAUAAUACUACUAAUAUUAUAUUUAAUUUAUAUUGCGCCUUUGUAACCAGACACGACUUUUAGUCUUUUUUGCCUUUUUGUCAUUUGGUCAUUUUUUUAAAACAAAAAAAACAUUAACUAGUUUUAGUUCUUUAAAUUAGAUCAGAUUAUUUAGAGUCCUGGAUCGAAUUAUGAUUUAAAAAAAUCUGAAUACUAGAGACUUACUCUACUUGAACAUCUUUAACCCUUCAGUGAUUAGGAUGUAAAACUUUUUUGGCGUUUUGUCUGUCAUUUUUUUUUUUGUUACUAAAGAUCUUUUUGUCAUUUCUGUUUACAAAACAAAAUUUGGCUCAUUCCAUUUCUUGGUCUUUCACAUUUCCACAAUUUUUUUUCCCACUUAAGUCUUUCCAUAGCAGAGUUUCAGACUGUUGUGAGAAGCGUCAGUCAGCGUUUCCCAUCUGUGUGUGCUACAAAUCAUAAAAGCAAAACCAAACCAAACGUAGGCCUGUCUUGUAAAAGGUAACGCACAAAAACAGUGGUCGUUCUGAUUGAAAUGAAUGAUAUAUUGCAAUUUCAGAAGAUGUUGCUGUCAUUAACUCAGCAAGGUCUAAGUUUUCAGUUUUCAGCUUUGGUAUAUUUUUGUAAUUGUUUCUAGACUUUUCAGGUUUGUUUUGUGGAAGAAUUUCUGGGUUUUUCACUGGUUUCAGAAGAUUAUCUUGUGUAAAAGCUUGUACUUUGCAUCAUUUUAUUUAAUAAUUACUGUAAAUUGAAGCUCUUUUUUCUGUGCUGUAUGAUACUAUUCCCUCUAUUGUAUAUGUGUAAUAAGUCUGAUGUUAUCAGUUGCAGCCUUUAUGAACAAAUAAAACUAAAUCGAAUUUAAAUCUUAA